UUUCUAGCAGGAAAGUUAUUUUCCCUCUGUAGAUUUUACCAAGUUUGCUUUGAUUUAGGAGUAGGAGUUGUUGUGUUGUUUGGUAAAGCAGUUUAUUGUGAUAUUUCAAUUAUAGUUUGAUUGUUAUUUGUUUUGUUUUUGUCAAAUUACAGAAGAUGGAAUCGGAAUCAUCAAAAUUGUUGUGUGGGAGCAGUAGCAAAGUGGAGACUACAACCCCUAUAACAUUUGUUCUUCUACUUAGUACAUUUGCUGCUGCUUGUGGUUCUAUAUCCUAUGGAUUUGCUGUCGGAUAUUCAUCUCCAGCUGAAGCGGGGAUCAUGGAUGAUCUGGGCUUGUCUCUUGCAAAUUAUUCAGCAUUCAGUUCAAUACUGACACUUGGAGGAGCCAUUGGUGCACUAAUCAGUGGCAGAGUAGCAGAGUCUAUUGGCCGAAGAGUUACAAUGUGGCUGUUAGAGUUAUGUUUUAUCAUAGGGUGGCUUUCCAUAAUAUUUGCCAAGAAUAUUUGGUGGCUCAAUGCUGGAAGAUUAUUGAUGGGAAUUGGAGCUGGACUUCAUUGCUAUGUGGCACCAAUAUAUGUAGCAGAAAUAACGCCUAAGAAUAUCCGAGGUGGAUCUACAGCUGCUGUUACGUUUACUGUGUCUUGUGCCUUUUCCGUGAUGUUCUUUGCUGGGAACUUCUUCACUUGGCGCAAGUUGGCUGUAAUUGGAGCUAUUCCUUGCUUCAUUCAUGUGGUCUGCAUUUUCUUCAUUCCAGAAUCCCCAAGGUGGUUGGCAAAGAUUGGUAAAGGAAAGGAGGUAGAGGCAUCUUUACGAUGUCUAAGAGGCGAUAACUAUGAUGUUUCUCAAGAAGCUGAUGAAAUCAAAGACUACACAGAGACCAGUCAGAAGCUAACUGAGUUCAGAUUUCUGGAUUUAUUCAACCCAAAAUAUGCUCAUUCACUUAUUGUCGGAGUUGGUUUAAUGCUUCUGGUACAAUUUGGGGGGACAGAUGGAAUUUCAUCUUUUGCUGGUUCAAUAUUCAAAGCUGCUGGCUGUUCAACUGGUUUUUCUUCUACAAUGAUGGCUAUGAUCCAGCUUCCUUUUGCUGCUAGUAGCGUACUAUUGAUGGAUAAUACUGGACGCCGCCCACUUCUGAUGGUUACAGCAACUGGAGCAUGCUUAGGAAGCUUUCUGGUAGGGUUGGGGUUUCUGUUUCAGGACUAUCAACAGUCAAAAGAGCUUACUGCCACAUUGGUGUUCACCGGGAUACUGGUAUAUUCUGCAUGUUUCUCUGCUGGCAUGGGUGGUACACCAUGGGUUAUCAUGUCAGAGAUAUUUCCUAUUAACAUUAAGGGACAAGGUGGAACUUUAGUGACAUUAGCUAAUUGGUUUAGCUCCUGGAUUGUGACUUAUUCUUUCAACUUCAUCUUUCAAUGGAGUUCAGCAGGUGUAUUCUUUGUAUUUGCAAUUUUUUGUGCUUCAAUUGUUUUCUUUGUUGCAAAACUCGUACCUGAGACAAAGGGACGAACAUUAGAAGAAAUUCAAGCAUCAAUGACAUUAUUACAAUGAUGAA